AUUUUAUAUAUGCAAUAAUCUCAAUACUAGAUCUGUGUAUUAGGAAGUGCUAAUUCUGAUCAUUUCCUUGAAGUUGAAAACUUUCCUAAAGAAGGAGAAACUAUAGCUUCUAAGGUAUAAAAGAUUCUAAUUGUAUUAGAAAUCCUAUUUAAAAAAUGGAGGUAAGGGAGCAAAUCAAGCAGUUGCAUCAGCCUUGCUUAAUUCAAAGAUUAUUUUUGCAGGUCAAAUUGGAAAAGAUGAAUUAGGCUAAUUAUUAAUGAAAGAAAUGACUUUAGCAGGAGUAGAUUUAGGUGCCUUAAGAAAAGUAGAUGAAUAAACUGGAUAGGCUAUUAUUCUUUUAAAUAAUAAAGGAGAAAAUCUGAUAAUUAUAGUUGCAGGAGCAAAUGGUUUUUAUGACACAUUAGAUAUCUUACCAUUAGAAUAUUAAUAAGCAAUUGAAUAAUCAGAUUUAUUGUAAUUACAAAUGGAAGUACCAUAGUCAAUCAAUAUUUUGGCUGCAAAAUAUGUUUUAAAUUUUAAAAUAAUACAUAGAUGGCAUAAAAUGAUAAAAUUACAGUGUUAGAUUGUGGAGGAAAAGCAGAGAAAUUAAAAAGUGAUUUCCUUGAAAAUUUAACUAUUGUAAGUCCAAAUGAAACAGAAUUAGAACGCAUCUUAGGAGAAGAUCUAAAUAUGGAUGCAGAUUAAAAUGCUGAAGAGUAAUAAUUUAUUUUAUAUAUUUUUAGGUUUCUUUCUAAAACUAUUCAUGAAAAAGUAUUCACUCGUUUUCCAGAUUUAAUUGUUCUAUUAAAAUUAGGUUCAAAUGGAAGUAUGCUUGUAACUAAAUAAUUCAAUGUUAGAUGUUAAACAGUAACAUAAUUAAGUAUAUUUUUAUAUUAAAAAUAGAUCCAAGUAUUUUAGAAGAUUAUAAAAUUGUUGAUACUGUUGGAGCUGGAGAUUGUUUUACUUCUGCCUUUACAGUAUCAUUUUACAGAUCUUUAAUAGAAUUUGGUCCUGCUAAAAUUUCUAGUAUGAUUUUAUUAUAAAUUCUAAGCUUUGAGAAAAAUUGAUAUUGAAACACAAAAGAAAUUGUUCUAUAAAGCUAUGCAUUUUGGAAGUGCAUCAGCAUUUUUGUGCAUUACUAAACAUGGAGCUAUGCCAUCAAUGCCAAAGUUUGAGACAGUUGACAGUUUUAUCAAGAAAUAUUUCCCAUGAAAUAAAAUUAUAUCAAUAAUAAUAUACAAUAAUAAAUCAAAG